AUGAUUGGCAAACAAGAACAACCAACCUACGCGUUCGUCGACACACCCAAAGAAGAGAGUGGUGGCCGUCCCUCGGACUCUGCGUUGAUCCAAGACCAAAACCUUCCAGCUAAAUGCAGUACCGCGCAACUCGCCCCGUUUCGCCAACUGUUCCAAUUUGCCGAUGCCACCGACAUGGUUCUCAUGGCGGUAGGCACGCUGUCGGCCAUCGCGACGGGGUUCAGCCAGCCCCUUCAAAUCGUGUUUUUUGGGGACCUCAUCAACGUGUUUGGGUCGGCUAGUUCUGGUUUCGACCUAAACAUAUUUGAGCGUGAGAUGAACGAGGUCGUGUUCAAGUUUAUCGGCGUGGCAGCGGCCAUCCUUGUCAGCGGGUUUGGCCAGAUCGCGUGUUGGUCGAUUGCAUCUUCUCGUCAGACAAAGCGGCUGCGCGAGGCGUACGCGGCGGCCAUUCUGCGCCAAGACAUUGGCUGGUUUGACGUCCACGAACCCGCACAACUCGCAACCAACGUGGCCGACUCAACGUUGCUGGUACAAGAAGGCAUGGGGCGUAAGAUCGGCGACGGCAUCAACUUCGUCGCGAUGGCUGUUGGGUCGAUCGUAUUGGCGUUCACGUAUGGUUGGGAGCUCGCGCUUGUCCUUAUUGCGUUCACACCCCUCAUGGGGGCGAGCGCGUUUUACAUGUCCAAAGCCAUCACUGUAGCAGUGCAGAGCGCUGUGACGUCGUACGCCCAAGCAGGGGGCAUCGCCGAGGAGAGUUUGGCCAAUGCCAAGACGGUGCACAUGUUCAACGCGGUGGCCGACAGGGUGGAUAAGUACAAAGACGCCCUCCAACACACUCAACGUGCGGGGGUUGCAAAGGGCAUUGCGGUGGGCGUCGGCACCGGCGUCAUGUACCUGAUCAUGCUGGGCACGUACGCCCUGGGCAUGUAUUAUGGCACCGUCAAAAUCACCAACGACCAGCUGGGCGACAACGUGUGCACGGGCAGUCGCUGCUACGACGCCGGGCGCGUAAUCACCGUGUUCUUUUGCGUCGUCAUGGGCUCGAUGGCCAUCGGCCAAGCCGGGCCUAGCAUUCAAGCCAUCGCAACCGCGCGCACUGCCGCGUUCGACAUCUUUGCACUACUAGCGCGGACGUCGGCGGUCGACGCAUCGUCCACCGUGGGCCUUAAAUUGGACACCGUACGAGGUGACAUUGCGUUGGAACACGUCGAGUUUGCGUAUCCGUCUCGACCCCAUGUCAAGGUGUGUGCAGGGUAUUCGCUCGUGGUUCCGGCGGGCCAGACGCUGGCGUUGGUCGGAGCCAGUGGCAGCGGCAAGUCGACUAUCGUCGGGCUGCUGGAGCGCUUCUACGACCCCCUUGGUGGCCGCGUGUUGUUGGACGGUCACGAUUUGAAGACGUUGAACGUGCAGUGGCUGCGCACGCAGUUUGGGCUUGUGGGGCAAGAGCCAACGUUGUUCGCUGACACCAUCGCCGGCAACAUCCGCCACGGCCGACCCGACGCGAGCUUGGACGAUGUCAUCCAAGCUGCCAAGCAGGCGAAUGCAUACGACUUCAUCGUGGGUUUCCCCCUCGGGUUUGACACCCCCGUGGGCCACCAAGGCGCGCAAAUGAGCGGCGGGCAGAAGCAACGCAUUGCCAUCGCCCGGGCGAUCAUCAAGAACCCCGCCGUGUUGCUCCUCGACGAAGCCACCAGUGCGCUCGACACGGAAAGCGAGCGGGUCGUGCAAGCGUCGCUGGACCGCCUGGUUGCGAUGCGAAAACGCACGACGAUCGUCAUUGCCCAUCGCCUGUCGACCAUUCGGCACGCGGAUCGAAUUGUCGUGCUCGAAACUGGCCGAGUGGUCGAAGACGGUACCCACGACAGCCUCGUGCAGCUCGAGCAUGGCUUGUACCACGCGUUGGUUCAGGCUCAAGAGCGCCGUGCGUCCCCCUCGAUCGACCAACGCCAGUCCCUCAACGUCCGCACAAUUCCGUCAAAGGAAGCGUCCGUUGUGGCUCCUUCCUCUGGGGAGACAAAUCAUGACGGCAAGAACACCAUCGUGGGGGCUAUAACUAGUAGUGCAAAUGCGUCGAUAUCCGGCUGCAACGACGAUGAGAACACGACAACUGAGCCGGUGCCAAUCUCGAGGGUGUGGCGGCUAAGUGCCCCGGAAUGGUGGCAUGUGCUUCUUGGGAGCGUGGGGGCGAUCCUGCACGGCAGUUUGUACCCAGUGUGGGGGGUCAUCCUCACAAAAUGCACGUUGGUGUUCUUCCAAGUAAACCUCGGCAUCGACGGUAUGCGGUCGGAGUCGCUCAAGUGGUCGAUGGGGUUUGUGGGUCUAGGGGUCGCCAUGUUGAUUGCCGUGACAAUUCAAAAGCAUCAGUUCUCAAUCGUGUGCGAAAGACUGACCACACGCAUUCGAGUCAUGUGCUUUGGGGCCAUGUUGCGUCAGGACAUGGCGUGGUUCGACGACCCCCUCCACGCCCCGGGGGCCCUCACCACGUGCUUGGCCACUGACUCCGCUGCCAUCCAGACAAUGACAGCCGAGACGUUAAACGCCAUCUUACUCAAUGCGUCGACGUUGGGGGUGGCGUUGGGGGUAUCGUUCUACUAUAGCUGGCGGAUGACGCUGGUGUUUAUGGCCGUGAUUCCGCUCAUGGGGGUCGCUGCCGCACUUCAAAUGCAAAUGGAGACGGCGCAAACUGGCAAAGGGGGGGGAAACGAUGGCGACAUUCAAGCUGGGGCGGUGCUCAGCGAAGCCAUCCACGCGAUCCGGACCGUCGCAUCGUUCAACCUCGAGCGCCGGACGCAAGAUGUGUACAUGGCGCAGCUCCAACGAAGCGCAGCGUUGGAUCGAAGGGCGGGGUACAGAGGGGGUGUCGCGUACUCGGUGGCCCAGUCGUCGGUGCUGUUUGCGAUCGCCGCCGUGUUUUACUAUGGGGGGUAUCUCGUCCGGCAGUCGCUUCUGGACUUUGAAGGCAUGUUUAUGGUUCUCAACUCGAUCUUGUUUUGCUCGUUUGGCGUGGGGAUGGCGGCGCAAGCGCUGGGGGAUAUCAGAAGUGCCAGAAAGUCCAUCACGCGUAUCUUUUCUAUUGUUGACCAACAACAGACUAUCGACACCGACUCGACGACCGGACUCGUUCUGUCGCAUGUUGAUGGCGUCGUCGAGUUUAAAAACGUCGCGUUCAGCUACCCCAGUCGACAGCAAAGUGCCAUAUACACGAAUUAUUCGCUCAAAAUCGAAGCGGGGCAGACGGUGGCGUUGGUGGGGGGGAGCGGCAGCGGCAAGAGCACAGCCAUCAACCUCAUCGAGCGGUUCUACGACCCCACGGCGGGCUCCGUCACACUCGACGGACACGACAUCACAACGAUUAACUUGCACUCGCUGCGCAGCCACAUUUCCCUCGUGAGCCAAGAGCCCGUGCUAUUUAGCGGUACCAUUGGAAGCAACAUUGCCAUGGGCAAGCGAGGGGCCACCCAGGCGGACAUUGAAGACGCAGCCACGAAAGCCAACGCGCACAACUUUAUCCUUCAGUUUCCGGACGGGUAUGACACGCCUGUGGGGGAUCGGGGGGUCCAGGUGUCUGGGGGGCAAAAGCAGCGCAUCGCCCUCGCCCGCGCCAUCAUUCGCGAUCCAGCCAUCUUGCUGUUGGACGAAGCCACGAGUGCCUUAGACAACGAAAGCGAGCGCAUCGUCCAAGCGUCAUUGGAUCAACUUUUGCAGAUGAAACGCCGCACGACCAUCGUUGUGGCCCAUCGGCUGUCGACCAUUCGACAUGCCGACGUGAUUGCCGUCGUGGACGGAGGCGGGAUCGCAGAAAUCGGGACCCACGACCAACUUGUAGCCAUUCCCAAAGGCAUGUAUGCCAAUUUGGUUGCGCGCCAAAUGAUGCAAUGA